GGGAGAUUAUAACACGGGCCGCGCCACCCAGACCACCGUCACUUCCCACCCAGUACAUUAGGCGAGCAACAGGAUCUGAUACAGUAUACUGAGGCACAAGUAACGAUCUUCUCCCCGUGAUGUCUCCCUCACUCCUUCGCCUCCUUAUUAUACUGGUAUUGGGCGUGGCUGGCGUGGCGUCCGAGGACAGUUGUCUCCCAGACUGUACUAACCGCACUGCCGGUGAAAAUGUACCUGACCCUAAAAACUGCCACAGAUACUACACAUGUUUAACUAACAAUGAACCCAGUGACGUAGCGUUCGAAUGUGAAGAUGAUAUGAAAUUUGACAUGAAUUCAUUGAAAUGCGUGAAUGCUGACAACGUAACUUGUUCUUUCUGCGAACCACAAUGUAAAUACGCAUGUGCAGGAAUGUCUCCUGAUGAAACUUUCUUCGUGGCGAACAUCAACGACUGCACCAAGUACUACCUGUGUGGAGUAUAUGAUGACCCGUUCCCCUUGAGCUGUGAACCCGGAACGUUCUUUAACGGGAUAAAGUGUGUGAAGGACGAGAGUCAGUGCUGUGACCCCUGCAUCGUCGUCUGUGAGUCUCAAUUCACUGAGAUCGCCGAUCCAACAAACUGCCACAAUUUCUAUUACUGUUCACAAGACAAAUAUUAUCCUGAGAUUGAUGACUUACACACCUGUCCCAAUGGAGAAGUAUUUUCCUCUAAAGAUAGCGGAUGCUUUUAUGGGGCCAACUGUACCGAGCCUUGUGUCCGCACAGUCCUGUGAACCACGACCACGGAGGCUCGCAAGGUAGCGCCACCUGAGGCCGAAAUAACCCACAUAAAAGGUGGAACGAACAGACGGGGACAUGGAGUCAUAUUAUUUAUAUUCUAAGUAUACCUUACAUCUAGUACAUGUUAGAUUCUAAGCGUGUUACAAUGUAAUAAAGUUUAAUAAAUAAAUCAA